AUGUAUGCCAAAACAUCUUACAUAAUGCUGGCUCAAGUUUUUCAAUGUCGACUUCAGCUAAGUGAGAUCCUUGUUCAGAUCGUCAAAUCUGCACCUAAAGGUCGAUUUCAAGGACUCAAACGAGACUACCAGGUUGAAGAUGUACUGAAAUUACGAGGUUCUAUUGAAAUAGAGUACACUCUAGCCACUCGUGGCGCAAACAAGCUAUGGCAACUGCUGCACACGGAGCCGUUUGUUCCAGCACUAGGAGCUCAAACUGGAAAUCAAGCCGUGCAAAUGGUCCGAGCUGGCUUAAAAGCUAUUUACUUAUCAGGCUGGCAAGUUGCUGCUGACGGCAACACGGCCGGCGACAUGUACCCAGACCAAUCGCUGUAUCCCGCUAAUUCAGGACCUGAAUUAUGUAGACGGAUUAAUAGAUCACUUAGAAGGGCUGAUCAGGUGGACGCUGUUGAAGCUGAGGACUACAUGGCUCAGAGGGACUGGUACGCACCGAUCGUCGCCGACGCUGAAGCCGGCUUCGGAGGCGCGUUGAACUGUUUCGAAUUAAUGAAGGCCUACAUCGAAGCCGGAGCGGCAGGAGUUCAUUUUGAGGAUCAGUUGGGAUCAGAAAAGAAAUGCGGCCACAUGGGUGGAAAAGUUCUUAUUCCAACGGCACAACAUAUUCGUCAUCUGAAUGCUGCGCGCCUUGCUGCUGACGUCUGUGGAACGCCGACAAUCAUCGUCGCCAGGACCGAUGCUGAGUCCAGCCGGCUACUCACCAGUGAUGUUGACGAACGAGAUCAUCCAUUCAUUGACAGAGAAGCCGGAAGAACCAUAGAAGGUUUUCAUAGGCUAAAAGAUUCGAUGGCACUGCAGUACUGUAUUGCUCGUGCAAUCAAUUAUGCUCCAUAUUGUGACCUGAUAUGGAUGGAGACGAGCCAUCCAACCAUCGCCGACGCUAAAGAAUUCGCCGAAGGAGUUCGUAAGGUUUAUCCGGACAAAAUGUUCGCCUACAACUGCUCUCCAUCAUUCAACUGGAAGAAACAUCUCAGCACGGCUCAAUUGGAGAAAUUUCAGAAGGAGCUGGGAGCGCUCGGCUUCAAAUACCAAUUUAUCACACUUGCCGGAUUCCAUUCAAACAGCUUCAGCAUAUUUGACUUGGCUAGGAACUACAAACAAACGGGAAUGUUGGCCUAUUCGAUGUUGCAAGAGUUGGAAUUCGAAUCGGAACGUCACGGUUACUCGGCAGUAAAACACCAACGGGAAGUCGGUACCGGUUACUUUGACCACAUUUCAAACGCGGUUACUGGUGGCCAGUCAAGUACGACAGCGCUCAGUGGAUCCACCGAAGAGGCACAAUUCCGGACGGAAACUGCUAGUAGUGCGGACGAAGAGAUUCUCACGUUGACUGCACAAACUAUGGAUGGAGAUGAGACAAUUCUGACGCCGGACGCGCUGCGUUUCAUAAAGGAACUGAACAAGCAGUUCGACGACAGGCGGCUACAAUUGCUGAAUAAGCGAGUACAAGUACAGCAUGAGAUCAACGAGGGUUCCUGGUUUCCGGACUUCUCCGCGGCCACGGCUGAUAUCCGAGAGGACAAAGGAUGGCGAGGAGCUGAAAUACCACAUGAUCUUCAGGACCGUCGAGUAGAAAUUACCGGACCGACCGAUCGAAAGAUGAUCAUCAAUGCGCUCAACUCGGGAGCCAACGUCUUCAUGGCCGAUUUCGAGGACUCGAACACACCUUCGUGGAGAAAUCAACUGGAUGGUCAAAUCAAUCUUUACGAUGCAGUGCGGAACAAUAUUUCAUAUGUGCACUCAUCGACGAAGAAGGAGUACAAAUUGAAUAAAAGCGUUGCUGGUAAUGUGCUAGAGAGUUCCCGAGCAAGGAGAACGGGCAUAAUGCCCGUAAUUUCAGUGCUAUUAGUUCGCCCAAGAGGUUGGCAUCUUCCUGAAAAGCAUGUACUAAUCCACAAUAAGCCAACAUCUGGCUCGUUGUUCGACUUCGGUCUGUUCGUCUACCAUAACGCUAAGGUUCUGCUAAAGAAAGGAAGUGGUCCCUAUUUCUAUCUUCCCAAACUGCAAAGUGCCGAAGAGGCAAAGCUGUGGGCCGACGUAUUCGCAUAUUCGGAGGAAAGGCUCGGUUUGUCUAAGGGAACGAUCAAAUGUACGGUACUCAUCGAACACUUGCUAGCCAGUUUCCAGAUGAAUGAAAUCAUCUACGGUCUCAAAGACUACAUUGUGGGGUUGAACUGUGGACGAUGGGACUACAUCUUCUCGUACAUUAAGACGUUCCAAAAUCAUCGAAAAUAUCUGCUACCCGAUCGAUUCCAGAUAGGUAUGACUGCCCCCUUCAUGCGUGCCUAUUCUCUUCUCUGCAUUCAAACGUGUCAUCAACGAGGAAUCCACGCCAUGGGUGGAAUGGCUGCUCAGAUUCCUAUAAAGAACGACGACGUAGCAAACACCAAAGCAUUGGCACUUGUUCAACAAGACAAGGAACGCGAAGCCAACGACGGCCAUGAUGGUACAUGGGUCGCUCAUCCUGGUCUGGUGCCGAUCGCUCGUAAUGUCUUCGACAAAUGUAUGCCGACACCGAAUCAGAUUCAAAAACAGCUGGAGAAACUCAUGGUGACCAAUGCGGAGUUGACAGCGAUUCCUGAAGGUACCCGUACCGAGAACGGUUUCCGUCAUAAUAUUAACAUUACUCUUGGUUACCUCGACUCCUGGCUUCGUGGAAUCGGUUGUGUUCCACUGUACAACCUAAUGGAAGAUGCAGCUACCGCCGAAAUAAAUGGGCGAACCAUCGACGCUCAACUCGUGAAGCAGACAAUUGCAGCGGAAACCGAGCGACGUCUUAUUAGAGCUGGAUCCGUUGUCAACAAGCUUCCUGAAGCUGCUGAACUUCUGGAGAAGUUUGCCCUCGAAGAAACCAUGAGUGACUUCCUUACGCUCGAUGCAUACGACAAGCUCGUCUCAGAGGGCCACUGA